CUCGGUUGUUUACUUCAACGGCAGCUGUGGUCGCCUAAACAGCACCAGGCCCUAUUGUAGGGGUUUGGAGUUUUACGUAUGAUUACGGAUAUGGAAGAUGUAGAAACUGUAUUCAUCAGUUAUGGAGAAUAAAGGAAGCAACAACAACCAUGGUUUUUCUCUAGAAUCCAUAGAUGUAUUCAUUCAGUAAACCAACUCCAAAGUAAAAAGGGCGAGGCCGCAGCGACAGUAAAACUCCACCCUAAGUAAAACUCCACCCUAAGUAAAACUCCACCCUAAGUAAAACUCGAGCCCUACUCCACGACAGUAAUAUCUACCCAAGUAAAACACCAUGAAAGCAGAACUCCAGCUAGUAAACCUCAACAGUGCAACAGGAUAUUACAAGCUAUGUCGAGAUUUCAUCCAAGAAGUAUGAAAACAAAGGUGUCAUCCAAAGAAGGCAGUACUACGCAUCACAAGCCUACAGCUUCUAUCAAGUACAGUUGUUAUUUGCUGCAGCGCCAGUAGAGCAGUUGAUUCUCCACAGCAGUCAAGUGUGAUCUUAACUAGUUCAUCCACCGACAACAUUCCAAGAACAACAGGGACAAGAAGUGACAAGCACAGCAAGAGGACAACAGGUAUUCACCAGAAGGUUAUUUACGUUCCCACUAUUGAUCUGUAGUUUAAAAUAAGGUAAUUGCAGACAAGUUAUUGUUUUCGUGGGUUAACUGGUGUCUGUUGCAGUACAGGUAUUUUUAUCAUUGCUGUUUUGUUUAGUCACUGUAUUCACUAUGAGUCACACUGUUGAAGUUGAAAACCCUGAAGGGUUAGAAUUGCAUGAGAAUGUUAUUCAGGAUGAUGCAUCUAGUGUAAGAUCUAGAACUAAGACUCAAAAAGGUUAUGAAUAUGAAGUUGAUGUCUGUAAGACAAAUUUUUUGAGUGCAAAAACUGCUUGGAAGAGAGUUUACAUUGAGAUAAAUAAUAGAUUAGAUGAUCUAGAAUUUAAGCAAAUCAAGGAAGCUAGGAUUUCACUAGUAACCAAGUUUGAAGCUGUACAGAAUGCAUAUGAUAGAUAUGAAGCUCUGGAGCCUUCUAAUAAAUUUACAGAUCAAUAUAUUAAAUGUGAGGAAGACACACAAAGGCUUAUAUUUGAUAUCAGAGAAAGAUCAAAACAAUUUGUACAAGUUGCAGGUAGUAUUAGGAGUAGUGGACAUUCUAGGCGUUCAAGUAUUUCUUCAUCAAAAGGUCAGAAAGAAUUAAUUGAGAAGUUAGCAAAGUUAGACCUAGAAAUGUUGGAAGUCAAAAAUGAAAUUCAGAAUGUAAAAUUAGAAGAAUCAGGGGUUGAGAGUAAGCAAGAUUAUACAAGAAGGUAUGUGGAGUCCCAUUUGAAAACAUUGCCACACCAUAAGUAUAUUGUAUCUGAGAGUAAAGUUAAAUCAAAUGAAGAUCUAAGAGAGAGACUAAACCUUGACGAUGAAUAUGUGGGUAAUCUGAAUCCUAAAGCUAAUUCAUUUUUUCCAAAGGAUGAAGUAUUGGUUAAUCAAACAGAUGAAAGUUCUUGUUCAGGGAGAACAGAAGAAAAGAAUGCUAUCCAACAAUUAGCUGAAAUUCUUUGUGCUAGGCAAAUUAGUGAUUCACUUCCUAGGCCUGAACCAGAAGUCUUCAAAGGUGAUAUACUUCAGUAUUCAAUGUGGGUUAAGUCAUUUGAUACUUUAAUUGAGUCAAAAACUAAAGUAGCAGCUGAAAGAAUGUAUUAUUUAAGCAAAUAUACAGAUGGAGAAGCAAAAGAAGUUAUAAGUGGACUUUUGUUAUUAGAUAGUACUGAAGCUUACAGUAAAGCUAGAAAGCUUUUAAAACAAAGAUUUGGUAAUGCCUUUGUAAUUGCUAAUGCAUAUAGAGAGAAAUUACAUGAGUGGCCAAGGAUUCCUCUGAAUGACGGACCAGCUUUGAUGAAAUUUUCUGAUUUCUUGGAGACAUGCAAGACAGCAAUGAGUAAUAUUCAGUAUUUGAAUAUAUUAAAUGAUCCCAAAGAGAAUCAGAGAAUGUUACAAAAAUUGCCACAUCCUAUAGUUGAAAGAUGGAAUACAAUUGUAGAUAGAGAGCUAUAUAAAGCCAGUGAACUUGAUGAUGAAAGUGAUGAUGGCUUAUUAUAUUCAGCAUAAUUUCCCUCUUUCACAAAAUUUUGUACAUUUGUAAGAAAAGAAGCUUCAAAGGCAUGCAACCCAAUUACUUCAAUCACUGCAGUUCAAGAUAAAGGUGUUAGAGGUAAUAUAACAGUAAAUGCUCAAAAACAAAAGUCAAGGUUAGUGAAGAGCUUUGUCACAGAAACCAAUGAAGUCAAUGAUAAAAUAAGUAACAACAGUAGAUUUGCUUGCCCAUUUUGCAGUCAGCUACAUAAUCUUAAUAAUUGUAAUAAGUUUUCAAAUUUGGAUUUGAAAGACAAAAGGAAUUUUGUUAAUAAAAACAAAUUAUGUAGAGGUUGUCUAAAAAGAGGACACAUAUUAAGAUUUUGUCGUCAAAGGAGUAAAUGUAAAACUUGUAAUAAAUUACAUCCUACUUCUCUCCAUGAUGAAGCACUAGUACAAAAGGACAGAUGGGAGUCUGAAAAUAAAGUUCAAGUUAAGGAACAAGACAAAGAGGCAAAUGUUUCUAAUACAAUUAAAGUUAACAAGUCUAUUGCUAUGGAUGUUAACUCAAUGAUAGUUCCUGUGUGGUUGCACCAUAAAAGUGACGAGCAGAAAAAAGUCUUGGUGUAUGCAUUACUUGAUGAUCAGUCUGAUGUAUGUUUUAUUAAAAACAGUGCUCUAGGUAAGUUAGGCAUUGGUGGAAUAAAGGUUCAUCUAAGAUUAGCUACUAUGAAUGGUGAACAAACUGUUACAUGCUCUAAAACUUGUGGUUUAAUUGUAAAGGGUGUGUAUGAAAAUAGAGAUAUACCAUUGCCUCAUACUUAUUCUAGACAAGUAAUUCCUUGCAGACGAGAUCAAAUACCAAGACCUGAAACUGCCAGAGGUUGGCCACAUUUGGAAAGAAUAGUAGAGAAACUGAUGCCUUACAGUGAUGAUGUAGAAGUAGGACUCCUGAUUGGUCUCAAUUGUAUUAAGGCAAUUAAGCCAAAGGAAAUCAUUACUGGCAAUGACAAUGAUCCCUAUGCAAAACGAACUGAUCUUGGUUGGGGCAUUGUAGGUAAAGUCAGAGGUGUUGAUUCAAAGGAAGUAGAUGUAGUCUCAGUGCACAGAACAAUGAUGCAAGAAGUAAUAAUUAAUCAUGAGAAGAAAUGUUGUCUUUUCACAGUGCCUACAAAGGUCAAAGAGAUUAUUAAUCCUGAGCAAGUAAAAAAGAUGUUUGAGAUUGAUUUUAAUGAAGUAAAUGAUGAUUGUCCUAUUUCUCAAGAUGAUAAAAUGUUUAUAAAAAGAAUGAGAGAAGGUAUUCAUCAGGUUGAAAGAGGUCAUUAUGAAAUGCCUCUGCCUUUAAAGAAUAUAGAUUUCAAGUUCCCAAAUAAUAGAGAUGUAAUUUUGCACAGGUUAAUGAAUCUUAAAAGAAAGUUUAGGCAAAAGAAAGAUUACUAUGAAGAUUAUGUCAAAUUUAUGAAGGAUCUCAUAGAGAAAGGUUAUGCAGAACCAAUCCCAAAGGAAGAAUUAAGUAGGGAUGAUGGGAAGGUUUGGUAUAUUCCACAUCAUGGUGUUUACCAUCCCAAAAAGCCAGGGAAAAUAAGAGUAGUUUUUGAUUGCAGUGCUCGCUAUCACAAUGUAUCACUGAAUGAUAACCUUUUGAAAGGUCCAGACUUGACAAAUAAUCUUACAGGAGUAUUGUGUAGAUUUCGCCAAGAACCAGUAGCAUUUAUUUGUGACAUAAAGCAAAUGUACCAUCAAGUUAAAGUUGAAUGUCAAAACAGAGAUUUACUUAGGUUCUUAUGGUGGAAAAAUGGUAAUUUAGAAGAUGAAAUAAUAGAAUUCAGAAUGACAGUUCAUCUUUUUGGAGCUACUUCAUCUCCUAGUGUUGCAAACUUUGCAUUAAAGAUGGUAGCAGAUCAGUAUGAAAAAGAUUGUGGUCAUGAGACGGCCAAAUUUGUCAGAAAUAAUUUUUAUGUAGAUGAUGGGUUAAUGUCAGUGUCAACAGUAGCUGAAGCUAUUGAUUUGAUUGAUAAAAGUAAAAGUUUAUGUAAAUUAGCAGGUUUCACAUUGCACAAAUUUUCCUCAAACAAAAAGGAAGUAAUAUCUGCUAUUAGUCCAGAAGUAAUAUCUGACAACAUUAAAAGUCUUGACUUGACAAAGGAUACACUACCAAUGGAAAGAACACUUGGAAUAGAAUGGUGCAU